CACGCUAAGAAAAACGGACCAGAACAGAACAGAACGGAACAGACCACACAAAUAAAUAACCCAAAUAGACAGUAAAAUAUUGAAAAUCACAAAGAUCUCCCAUUUCUGUUUUUUUUUUUGGUUUUUGUUCUUGUUUUUCGUGUGAGUGUGUUUAAAUUUGAAUACUUUUUGUUUGGCUUUUCUCUAUAUUCCUGACGGUUUUAACAAACCGCACUGCUGGUCUAAAUUUAGCCAGAAAGUCAAAAUAGAACAAAUUGGUGUUUGAAAAUGCAGCAAAAACAGCAAAAGUUCGUGUAACGAAAUCGAAAACAACCACUAAUUUGUUUACCCGAUUUGAAUAUAAUAUUAGGCAAUGUGACUGUGAAGCGCCAACACAAAGAAAAACCAAAAAUUAAAAAAACUUAAAUAAAAUCAAAAAGUGAUUGAAAGUACCAUCAUACUGAAAAACUGUGCCGCUUAAGACGCUUGAUAAGUUUUAAAGAACCGAAAGGGAAAUACUCUAACGCCUAGAGUAUUUAACAGACCAUUGAAAACCUGAUGGCAACAACAACAACCACGCAGGCAGCAGGAGCUGCACCAGCUCUCAACUUAUUGCCCGCCAGCAAUGAUAACACAAAUAACACACUGAUCAACAACAACAAUAAUAGUAAUAAUAAUAAUAACAACAGUAACAGUAAUAAUAACAACAACGUGACAAGCCAGCCGAUUAAAAUACCGCUGACCGAGCGCUUCUCAUCGCAAACAUCGACGGGCUCGGCGGACAGCGGCGUAAUUGUUUCCAGUGCAUCGCAGCAGCAACUGCAGUUGCCGCCACCGCGCAGCAGCAGUGGCUCGCUGAGCCUGCCACAGGCGCCACCUGGCGGCAAGUGGCGGCAGAAGCAGCAGCGCCAGCAGCUGCUGCUCAGCCAGGACAGCGGCAUCGAAAAUGGUGUCACCACCACCACCAGCAGCACCACCACCUCCUCCCGUCAAUCGAAAGCCAAAGCCAAAGCCAAGGACAACCAGGGCGUGGGAAAAGCCAGUCACAAUGCCACAAGCUCGAACGAGUGCGGCGCCCAGUCGAACAGCAGCAGCGAGAGCCUGGGCAGCAACUGCUCCGAGGCGCAGGAUCAGCAGCGAGUAAGGGCCUCCUCCGCCCUGGAGCUCAGCAGCAGCGGCGGCGUGGACACGCCCGUCAUCGGCGGUGUCAUGGGCGGUGUGGGCAGUGUGGGCAACAGCAUCUUGCGCAGCCGCAUUAAGUACAAGAGUACGAACAGCACCGGAACCCAGGGAUUCGAUGUGGAGGACCGCAUCGAUGAGGUGGAUAUCUGUGAUGACGACGUCGACUGCGAUGAUCGCGGAUCGGAGAUCGAGGAGGAGGACGAGGACGACGGCGUCAAUGUGGACGACGAUGUCGAGGAGGCCGACAACCAGUCGGACAAUCAGUCGGGUAUUAUAAUCAACCUCAAGAGCAAAACCGAACAAGAGGAGGCGGCGGCCCACGACGACGAGGUGGAUGCCAAGCCGAAGAACCGACUUCUGCCGCCGGAUCAGGCGGAACUCACAGUGGCGGCGGCCAUGGCCCGUCGCCGGGAUGCCAAGAGCCUGGCCACCGAUGGCCACAUCUAUUUCCCGCUGCUCAAGAUCAGCGAGGAUCCGCACAUUGAUGCGAAGCUGAUCAAUCGCAAGGAUGGCCUCCAGGACACCAUGUAUUAUUUGGACGAGUUCGGCAGUCCCAAGUUGCGGGAGAAGUUCGCCCGCAAGCAGAAGCAACUGCUCGCCAAGCAGCAGAAGCAGAUGAUGAAGCGGGAGCGAAGGAGCGAGGAGCAGCGCAAGAAGCGAAACACCACCGUGGCGUCCAACUUGGCGGCCAGCGGAGCGGUGGUGGACGACACCAAAGAUGAUUACAAACAACAACAACAACCACACUGUGAUACUAGCUCUAGGAGCAAACAUAACUCGGUACCCAAUCCCCCCAGCCACCUCCAUCCGAAUCACAACCAUCACAGCCAUCUCGUUGUGCCUGUGGAUGAGGACGUGGACGUGGAUGUGGAUGUGCACGUGGCUGCCGCCAGCGACGUGGACAGCGGUGCCGUCAAGAUGCGCCGCCACAGCCACGACAACCACUACGACCGAAUCCCCCGGAGCAAUGCCACCACCAUCACCACCCGCCCUGCAAUCGAUCACCAGUCGCAGAACAUCGAGGACGUCGAGCAAGGAGCCGAGCCCCAUAUCGAUGGCGAAGCGGAUCAGGAUCCGGAGCUGGACGCGGAUGCGGAUGCGGACAGCGAUGGGAGCGGCGAGAACGUUAAGACUGCCAAAUUGGCCAGAACACAGUCCUGCGUCAGUUGGACCAAAGUGGUGCAAAAGUUCAAGAAUAUACUAGGUCGCGAUGGUUCUAAAAUCACAACAGUUGUUGCAACACCCGGCCAAGGCACCGAUCGCGUACAAGAGGUCUCCUAUACAGACACAAAGGUCAUCGGCAAUGGCAGCUUCGGCGUCGUGUUCCAGGCAAAGCUUUGCGACACCGGCGAACUGGUGGCAAUCAAAAAAGUUUUACAAGACAGACGAUUUAAGAAUCGCGAAUUGCAAAUUAUGCGCAAAUUGGAGCAUUGUAAUAUUGUGAAGCUUUUGUACUUUUUCUAUUCGAGUGGUGAAAAGCGUGAUGAAGUAUUUUUGAAUUUAGUCCUCGAAUAUAUACCAGAAACCGUAUACAAAGUGGCUCGCCAAUAUGCCAAAACCAAGCAAACGAUACCAAUCAACUUUAUUCGGCUCUACAUGUAUCAACUGUUCAGAAGUUUGGCCUACAUCCACUCGCUGGGCAUUUGCCAUCGUGAUAUCAAGCCGCAGAACCUUCUGCUCGAUCCGGAGACGGCUGUGCUGAAGCUCUGUGACUUUGGCAGCGCCAAACAGCUGCUGCACGGCGAGCCGAAUGUGUCGUAUAUCUGCUCCCGGUAUUACCGCGCCCCCGAGCUCAUCUUUGGCGCCAUCAAUUAUACAACAAAGAUCGAUGUGUGGAGUGCCGGUUGCGUUUUGGCCGAGCUACUGCUGGGCCAGCCCAUCUUCCCUGGCGAUUCCGGUGUGGAUCAGCUCGUCGAGGUCAUCAAGGUCCUGGGCACACCGACAAGAGAACAGAUACGCGAGAUGAAUCCAAACUACACGGAAUUCAAGUUCCCCCAGAUUAAGAGUCAUCCAUGGCAGAAAGUUUUCCGUAUACGCACUCCUACAGAAGCUAUCAACUUGGUGUCCCUGCUGCUCGAGUACACGCCCAGUGCCCGGAUCACACCGCUCAAGGCCUGUGCACAUCCGUUCUUCGAUGAGCUGCGCAUGGAGGGCAACCACACCUUGCCCAACGGCCGCGAGAUGCCGCCGCUAUUCAACUUCACAGAGCAUGAGCUCUCCAUACAGCCCAGCCUAGUGCCGCAGUUGUUGCCCAAGCAUCUGCAGAACGCAUCCGGACCUGGCGCCAAUCGAUCCUCGGCCGGCGGAGCAGCCUCCGCUGCGGCCAGCGGCUCCACCAGCGUCUCGUCAACGGGCAGCGGUGCCUCGGCGGAAGGCUCCGCCCAGCCACAACAGUCGCAGGGCACAGCAGCCGCUGCGGGCUCCGGAUCGGGCGGAGCAACAGCAGGCACCGGCGGAGCGAGUGCCGGCGGAGUGCCCGGAUCUGGCAACAACAGCAGCAGCGGCGGAGCAUCCGGAGCGCCGACCGCCGUCGCUGCCGGCGCCAAUGCCGCCGUCGCUGGCGGUGCUGGUGGUGGUGGUGGAGCUGGCGCGGCGACCGCAGCUGCCACAGCAGCUGGCGCUAUAGGCGCGACUAACGCCGGCGGCGCCAAUGUAACAGAUUCAUAGGGGCAAUAGUAACAUACAUACACACACUAAUAUAUAUAUCCAAGCAUAUAUAUAGUAAUAAUUAUAUAUAACACCUACACCCACAACAACACCAACAACCACAACAAAAAACAAAAACAACAACAAGAACAGCAAUUAUAUAUAAUAACUAUAAACAAGAGCGGCGAAAGCAAAUCCAGCAGCAGCAGCAGCAAGCAUAGAAACCACCACAGCAACCUAUAUACACAAGAAUUAAAUUAAAUUAAUUAAUGCAAUUGAUGAAAAGAGCAGCAGCAGCAAAAGCAGCAACAGCAGCAAAUAAAUGCAGAGCUGCAAAACGAGAAAAGCGAAAGGCAGAAAAUAUAACGCAAGAAACAUUUUACUUAGGUAAAACACUAAAUUUAUUUUAAAUCUAAAAUAAACUAAUAAGCAUAAUAAUAUAAUACAUGAUAAUGGUAAAUAAACACACAAUAAUUAUAAUAGUAGAGCGAGCGCUGAUCGAUUGUCAUUUUAUCGCUGCCGCGCGUGGCGAUAUAUCUUUUAAUUAAUACUUUAAGUAUCCCCCUUCCUCCCUUACCCGCCCCUCCCCUCCCCUCGCCUCUCCACCGCCCUCCCUCCCACUCUUCGUUAUUGUAUUCUUAUUGUAAUCCCCCCUCUCCACCGCCCGUUUAUUAUUUGACGCCUGAAGAAGAACCAUGUAUAUGUAUAUUGAACAGAGUCACUGCAUAUUUUUUUUACACCACCUUGAUUUAUAGUACGUUUAACUUAUGAUAACUGAUGAUAAUCCAAUGGAGGGCGAGUUUUGUGUUGCUAGUGCUAAGAACUAGUUGCUAACUAAGAACUAACUAAGAGCUAACUGCCAGCGCAGUCGCACAUUUCGCUGCGUUGAGUUUGCGUAGGUUAACCAAGGCAUGGUCUUGCAACGUGCAACAUGCAACACACUCUCACACACACUCACACACACACGACCUUAAAGAGAGAGAGAGAGAGAAGAAAGCAGAAGAAAGCUGAGGAAGGCAGCAGAAAGCAGAAGAGGAGGCGAAGAUGAAGUUAUGUGGAGCAGAAUGAGAAUGAGAAUCAGAAUGAGAAACAAAGCAAAGCCCCGAGCAUAAUGUUAAUGUUAUGUUAAAAACCUUAAUUUAAUGGAAAUUAUUAACGCAGAACGAAAGAGAAAAGAAGAAAACCAGAAAACAAGAAAAGCAAAAAAACAAAGCAAAAUGCAAAAUGCAAAAAGCGAAACUGUUUAAACUAUACC